GCGACUCUCGACCUUGACGGGUCCACCCACCUCAUCCCAUCCACUCAUUUCACUCCACUCGUGGCAGCAGCUCCCUCUCUUCAACUUCCCCAGCAUCGUCUCCUCUCUCUUCUCCUCCCUUUCGUUUCUCACCCCACCAAUACGAAAGAGUGAGCGAACCAAGCUCUGCCUGUUUCUUGCGCAUCCUCAUCUGCCAUCCUGCGCCCGUUGUUUUCACCACUCCACCACGGCUUCUUUCUCGAUAUCGAAACAAUCCACCACCGACCUCAGACUCCAAACCUUCUGAAGCUUCCCAAAUCACAAGCUAUUUGGUACUUCCACGCAAUCAAUCGCCUACCCAAUCCUUAUUCGUGUUGCCUUUAAAGAUACCAAGAACGCGUUGUCAUUGGAGGAGAGUCUGCCUUCGGCGAAGCACUUUGCGAUCCCGGGGUAACACAAGCAAACCUCACUCUCACCGCGCUGUGGACAACAACCUCAUAACGAUCCACAACAACCAUCGAUAAGCUGCAGUGACCCAGAGAGACGACACUUCUUUGAUGGGCGAGAUUCUCUCUGCGCGCCCCCAAGCAGCAAAGAGCAGACAAGACAUCCUUUAAAAUCACCCUCCGCUCCACCAAGUCCCUGGGCCUCAUAGGUCCCAAACCGCCACGAUUCCCUCCCCGCACUCUCUCGCCGCGAUCCUGUCGCCCAGUCCCGAAGCUCCUAUUCCAGGUGUGUCGCGGUCUUCGACCCCAAAGCGCACACACGCAGAGGCCUUCUCGUCCAACUCAGAUCAGCCUUAUCUUCAACUGGCUUCACCGACCCAACACCGUGCCAGUAUCGUGUCGACUGGGGAACCGAGUCCAGGCAUACACGGGGCGGAUGACGGGGGUGGUGGAGCCAUGAGAGGAGGGCAGGAGGAGAAGAAGCCCCAGAAGAUGGUGCGGAGUUCCAUUGCCUGCGCUCGGUGUAGGAGGAGUAAAGUCAAAUGUGUCAAUAAUGGGGUACAUUCAACAUGCAAAGCUUGUGCUUCGAGCAACCGAGACUGUACCUAUCCCAUCGCAGGAUCGACACCAGCUCCAAAACGGAACGAGCCACCGAUGGGCAUAAAACAAGAAGGGGAUAUUGGCGAGAGCAAGAAACGGGUUAGAAAGCUCGAGGAUCACGGACGGAGGAAUAGCACAAGGCCUGGUGAAGAUGUACUGGAAUCGCCAAUUCUCACUAGAAAGGUCUGGGAUGAGCUCUUUGAGAUCUUCAAGCUACACUUCUCUACGGAAAUGCCGUUCCUUCAUCCUCCUACGUUUCGAAAUCGAAUGCGCCAAGCAGCUUAUCCUAGAGAUCCAUCAACCUCCCUAGCGGAUCUGGAAGAUGGGAGAGUUUUGCUUCUUGGUGUAUUGACACUGACUGCGCGCUUCCAUCCUGGCUUGGUAGCUUAUCACUCGCCCAACCAUGAUGAUCCACUUGCCGCAAGUGAAUAUUAUGCUGUACCACUCGCAGCUGCAUUUGGACCAACAAUCCGGAAUCUCACAAUCCCAUCUCUGGAGAAUAUUCAAGCAUUGCUCAUGCUUGGCCUUUACGAGUGGGGCCAAACACGAGGUCUUAGUGCUUGGCUUUAUGUUGGGUUGGCAAUCAGGCUUGCAUUCCCCAUGGGAUUAGCUUACGAGGAUGAUCCCGACCAAAAAUCACACAGUCUUAUAGCAGAUACGCGAAAGCCUUCCAAACAGCCACCAUCACCGCGGGAAGACGCCAUUGAAAAGGAAGUCCGUAGGCGAACAGUCUGGAGCUGUUUCAUCAUGGAUCGUAUGCUGGCAGCUGGAAAGUACCGACCGACCAUGAUGAGCGUUAACAAGCUUCGAGUCCAGCUCCCAUGCUCAGACGACCAAUUUCUAUUUGUCCGAAACGUUAAAACUGGCUUCCUGGACUCGGAUUGGCUGGACAGCGAUUCAUCGGAAUAUGAUUCAACAGUCAACGAUGAUGGGGUUUUGAGUCGGUUCAUCCGAUUGGUUGACAUAUUUGGACGUCUGUCUGAGUACAGUUACGCUGGUGGAAGAAGAGCCGAAAAACGACCUCCUUGGGAUGAAUCAACACAGUUCUUCCAAUUACGCCAACAACUGAAAGACUUUAAUGAUGCUUUACCUUCGAACCUUACAUACACCGAAGCCAAUCUCUCGGCCCAUAUUGAGAAGCGCAACGCUACGACAUAUGCUUCCCUUCACACGUUGUAUUCGCUCUGCCUCAUCAUGUUGCACCGCGAAUAUAUUCCUUUCAUUCCAAUCCGUUGUGAGAAGCCGGUUGGGCCUCUGGAUGAGCCAACCUUUCCAGAAGACAAGUACACAAUUCCUCCAGGAUUCUGGGAAGAGAGUGCCGAAGGCAUUAUGAAAGCCUCUCGAGACAUCGUGGAGAUUGUCAAGACGUGUCAAGAAGACAAUGUAUUGCCAGAGUCCCCGCUCAUGGGUUUUGCUAUCUACCAGGCAUCAUUCGUCUGUCUCUAUGCGGCACACUUUCCACAGAUGGACAUGGCUUGCCAUCUAGUUCCCGAAGGCAGUCUGAAUCCUAUCGACAACGACUCAGGUCUGGCAGAAGUCACGAGGAAGAUGCUCAGCGAGAUGGUUCCCAGACUGAAGAUGGUAAGAGGGUAUUUGAAGACACUUCCACGGAUGCGGAAUUACUUCCAGCGCGUAGUGGCAGAGUAUUGCUGUAGAUUCAAGCGGAAGCCCUUCUUCGCUGGGGGAGGUCUGGAAGAGUACAAGAAGUAUGAAAAGCUGUUGAAGGAAUUUGGUGAGCUGAAAGAUUCAGAUCAAAUGAUAGGAUCAGACGUGUCAGACACCGUCGAUCAAUCUCGUUCACGAGCAAGUACCAACGAUCUCGUGGGACCUGGUACGAAUGGCGAGCCAAUGCAAGGUAUUGAAGCUGUUCCGCAACAACGACCGAAUGGUGCAUGGGCACCCAUCAACGCCGCCAGUCCUUCAAUCGAAGUUGACGAGCGACCAAAAUACAACUACGGCCCAUCCCCAUACGGCAUGCCUUCCUACCAACAAUCCCCCAAUCAGUCCUCCAACGCACCAAGCCUCAUCAGUCCCAGCAACGGCGAGUCCACACCCGGCAUCAACUCCCCCUACGCCAACGUCCAGCAAUACCAACAGCCCAACCAACCGCAGCACGUAGCCGCAUACCCCUCGGUAGCACAGCACACCAUGGCGCCACCAACUGUCCAGCAACAGUACCCCUCUGACGAGGAAUACAAGAAGUGGAUAGGCGACCAGGAAGCCAUCCGAAUGAAUACUGGAUUUGACAAUUUCGCGCAGGAGAAUCCUGGUGAUGCGUGGGUGUUGCAGCAGGAUUCCAGAGCUAUCCCGAAUCAUAUGCAGGUUGUGUGGAGUAGUACUAUGCCUAUGGGAGGACCUUUGGCGGGUGCGACGUGGACUUAGGGCCGUUUAGUGGAGGGUUUUGAAUGGGUAUUACGAGUGAUGGCUGGAUUUUCUAAUGGAUGUUCGGGUUCCGUUUUCUCUAGAUUUCUGUUGGUGCUGGAUUGGUGGGAGCGGGGCGGAGUGUUUUCUCGGCUGGUCAGUUCUACGGGGUUUGGUACAUGUGAGAUGGCUGGUGUUUUAGCGCUGGAUGGGAGAUUUGGGAUUGGGAUUGGGAUUGGGAUUGGGAUUGGG